CGCCGCGCAGCCCGCACGCGAUAUGCGCGCCCUCUAGCGUAUUAUGUUCCUCCCCGAACUCCCGCGAGCCUGCAUGGUGGACGACGUAGCGACGUACCUGCAAGCGCCCUCCUCGGGACAGGACGAGUUCCAUCCGUUCAUAGAGGCACUCAUGCCUUUUGUAAAGUCCUUUUCGUACACGUGGUUCAAUUUACAAGCGGCAAAAAGGAAAUAUUACAAGAAACACGAGAAGCGGAUGAGUCUCGAGGAGGAGCGGCAUACUAAAUAUGAAUUGCAGAACGAAAAAGCAGAAGUGAAACAGAAAUGGGCGUCACGUCUCCUGGGCAAGCUACGGAAAGACAUAACACAGGAUUGCAGGGAGGACUUCGUGCUUAGUAUAACAGGGAAAAGACCCGCGGUCUGCGUGCUCUCUAACCCCGACCAGAAGGGAAAAAUGAGGAGGAUAGACUGUUUAAGACAAGCGGACAAGGUGUGGCGAUUAGAUCUCGUUAUGGUGAUAUUAUUCAAAGCUAUACCAUUGGAGAGUACUGACGGAGAGCGGUUAGAAAAGCACCCCGAGUGCACACAGCCCGGCCUCUGCGUCAACCCUUACCACAUCAAUGUCUCCGUACGAGAACUGGACCUCUACCUUGCUAACUUCAUCAACAGCUAUGGUAAUGGGAGCGACGGUCUGCCAGAUAUCCUAAGCGGUUCUCUGUCGCCCCACCCUCCUAGGGACAAAGAGAACGAACACGACGCUAAAAGUAAAGGCUAUACUCACAAUCCAUACAACGGUGUCAUAUGCAACGAUAUUAUUCUAGCAACCGGUGUCUUCUCAUCGAAGGAACUAUGGAAGUUGAGUAAAGCGUCCAUCCUACAAGAGACGGGGUCAGAGUCGCCCGGCGGGUCGGGCAUUAAGCUGGAGUCGGGCUACUACUGCGGGUACGGCAGUCCAGCUCCGCCCGCCUUCGAGCCCCCUGCGGAACGCGCUACGCCAUCCACUAUGCUGGUCGGGCAAUGCUUCAGCAUCCCGCACAGCUCUGCAGCGUUAAGCACGCAGUCGCCGCUGGUGCCAUCUAAUGCCAUCUUCUACCAGCACGCGCCACCGCCCACAGACACGCACCCCACUGCAUCAGAGUUGUCAAACCAGCAUUCAAGUGGGAAGUACGAGGGCGCGCCGCAAGACUCCCUCGGGGACUUUGUGACCUUCGUGUGUCAGGAGCCGCCCACUGACGUACAGCAGAUACAGGUCCACGGUCUGUCGCGGAGUCCGAAGCCAGCGUACUUUACUAACUCAAUGCUGCCCCCGCCGCCGCUGCCGCCGAUGGCCAGGCCAGUGGCCAUCAUCAGGUCAACAGCGAGUGAGUCUGGUGGCGUGGGCGUGGGCGUGGGCGGAGUGGGUGUGGGCGUGGGCGGCGGGGGCAGCUCGCCCGCGUCCCCCGAGGGCCGGUCGCCUGGCGCGUCGCCCCGACGCCGCUCGCCGCACUACCGCGACUGUCAUCCCACGCUCACGCACUUCAAUCACUUCCACGCGCAGCCGCAACAGGUGUUCAGCUACGGCGGGCUGGGCGGCGGCGCGGUGCUGGCGGGCGGCGGCGGCGGCUCUCCGCCCGGCGGCCUGGGGCUGUACGCGCCGCGCCCGCCGCCGCGAGCUCCCCCGAGGUGGAAUGCGCCUUUCCCGACAUUAGAAGAAGAGUUCAACAUUAUGACGGCGCCCGGCGGACCCGAUCACGUCGUGCUUUUGGAUGAUGAGCGUUUCUUCCAAUCUAACGUGAUAAGUGCGGAAGGCAGCGCAAUGGAUACAAGUUCCGGCGUGUGCGCGGCGGAGGGCGAGGAGCUGGCGCCCGACAAGCCGCUGCGCUCGCCGUGA